AUGAAUAACCGUGUUGAUCUGGUGGACAAAAUCACUCCGUGGAGAGAAUCAUGGAAAGUGCAUGUUAAAGUUGUGAAGUUGUGGUACCACAUGAAUCCUGCUUUGGAUCCUUCUCAAAAUCUGUUGCAUAUGGUCUUAAUGGAUGAGAAUUUACACAAGAUCCAGGCCACCAUUAAAGAUCAGCUUAUAUCAAAAUUUGCCUUCUCUCUAAAUGAAGGUGAUGUGUACUUGAUGACCCAUUUUACAGUUGUACCGAACACCGGUUUGAACAGAGUGACAAAAUAUCGAUUCAGACUUUUGUUCCAAUACAACACCUCUGUUGUUUCUGUGGUAUCUCCAAGGAUACCUCGUUCCGGUCUGUGUUUAGCAUCAAUAGAUGAAAUUGAUCAAAUGACAAAGGACCAUAAUUUCCUCAUUGACUUUGUUGGGAUUAUUACUGGUGUUCGAAAAGAAAGAGAUGUGGCAUCAGAUGGGAAGCUGGUCAAAGCAGUGGUGCUAGAAGUCUUUGCUGAUGGGUUAUUCAUUAAUCCUGACAUUCCUGAGUCUGUUGAGUUCUUAAGCAGAUUUUGUGUAGCCAGUUAUGGAUUCUCAAGACUUGUGACCAAUGACCUUGGAUACUUAGUUUCUAAAGUUGAUGGUGAUUAUUUCAAUCCCAAAGAGAUCAGUAAUAUUCAAGAUUUUCAUUCAGAUAAUGGGGAUUCUCAUUACUUUGUUAUUGGGACAAUUAAGGAAGUCAUGGAUGAACCAGAUUGGUGGUACUACACAUGUGUGUGUGGUCAUGCCGUUGUUGAGCAUGAGGAUCUCUACCUUUUUGAUGCUUGUGGUUCAUGUGUUGAGCAUGUUAUGGUCAAAUAUGGGAUUCGGGUAAAGAUUCAGGCUGCUCGGUGUACUGUUUUGUUUAUUUUGCUUGAUAAUGCGGCAACAAAACUAUUUGGAAGAACCUGUUCUGAAGCAUUUCUCAUGAUAGAAGAAGAGUUUCCUAUUGAUCCUAGUGUGCUUGCAGUUUGUUGGUCAUAUUCUCCACAAAUGUUUGAUCAUGCUGUUGGAGAUGAGAAAGUUUUUAAGGUUGAAAUUGAUUCUGCAGUUGAUUCAGAAUACUCCAGUUGCUUUAAAAUUGUAAACGUCUUUAGUCAUAAUCCGGAACCAGUUGCAGCCGAUGAUUAUAUCAAUGGAUCUUAUUGCAAAGUUGUUCCAUUGAAACUCAUUUCAAGUCUUUUGCACAAAAAAGUUGUAUUCAUGGUUGAUGCUAGGCCUGUGGGUUAUGAGAUGAAUCGAUCCGUGUAUAUUGUUCAACAAAUCUGGGAUGAUGCCUCUGUUAUUAAUGUUUUUGAGGCUGCUGCUGAGAUGAAUGACCAUAAGAUUCAUGUUCUGGUUGAUUCUAUGCCUGAAGUUGAAGAUGCUUUCAGCCAAUGUAGAAGCGAUCAUGAGGUUGUGGAGGAUCUGCAUGCUUUUUAA